AACACUCUGGAAGUUUCAUCAAACCCUCCCGCGAAAUCUAUUAAUAACCAACCCCACCCCCCGUUCGCAUAUUUGUCGAUUUUUGCCCCGCGAUUUCGAACACAAUCGAAACGAGUUGCUGAAAGGAUUGGGUUGAGAGGAAUUAUGAAGUUUAGAUUCGUAUGUUCGUUGAUUGCCGUCGGAUUGAUGUUCCUUCUCCUUGUAGAAUCCAAGAAACUAGACCCCUACAAGGUCCUUGGGGUUGAUAAAGAUGCAAGUCAACGAGAUAUACAAAAGGCCUUCCACAAGCUGUCUCUAAAGUAUCACCCUGAUAAAAAUAAGAACAAGGGUUCCCAACAAAAGUUUGAAGAGAUAAAUAAUGCAUAUGAAAUACUAUCCGAUGAACAGAAGAGGAAGAACUAUGAUCUCUAUGGAGAUGAAAGAGGCAGCCCUGGCUUUGACACAGGUAGCUCGGGAGAUCACGGUGGAUACACUUUCACCAGCGGACCCGGACAGGGAGGGUUCAAUUUUAGGCCAGAUGACUGGCAAAAUAUGGGCGGACAUGGAGGAUCUAAAUCGUUUUCAUUUUCUUUCGGGGGUCCCGGAUUCGGCCAGCAAAGCUCUCAAGGGUUUGGCAUCGAUGACAUAUUCUCCAGUUUCUUCGGUGGUGGCAUUGGGGGAGGGGGCGGGGGCGGGCAGUCUGGUGGGUUCGGUAGCUCGGGCAGGUCCCAGCACAAAAGUAGACGUUCUGCCCCGAGCAUAACCUCUGUUAACAGUCAAUUGUAUAGGAAAGAAAUAGUCGACGGUGGGAUCACUUGGCUCUUACUUGUCUACACAUCGAAUCUACAAGGAAUCCAACAAUACGAAUCUUUGUUAGAGGAAGUCGCCGUCCCACUUCAAGGCGCGUUAAAGGUUGGAGCUAUAAAUUGCGAUUCCGAAGCAUUGUUGUGCAAGGAACUUGGCGUACAUCCUCGAAGAAAUCCAAAGCUCUUUGUUUACUCGUAUACGUCGAGCGAAAAAGGUUCUUUGGUCGAGUACAACAGCGAUGUAGACGCCAAAUCGUUGAAAAGUUUUUGUCAAGACCAUUUACCAAGAUUUUCGAAAAGAUUAACCUUAGACGGUUUGAAUGCUGCUUCCGAGGCUUCAAAGCUGCCGAAGGUCUUACUUUUGUCGACCAAGAAAAAUACUCCCGUCAUUUGGCGCGCACUCAGCGGCUUAUACCGCAAGCGCUUCAUAUUCUACGAUGCGGAGGUUCGCGACGCCUCGGAUCCAUCGGUGAGAAAAUUAGACGUGGAUUCACUUCCAGCGAUCGUUGGCUGGCUGUCGAAUGGUGAGAAACAAAUAAUCAAAUCCGGGGUUUCAGUAAAAGAUCUGAAAUCUGGAAUCGAAGAACUUAGCAGCUCGCUCAACAGUUUCGAGAAAAAGAACAAGAAAUUCGCGGGUUCUUCCAAGAAGGACGAAUCCGAAUCAGGACACAAAAACAUACCGUUACUUACAGCUUCAAAUUUCAACGACAUUUGCAGCGACAAAGUCCCCGUUUGCUUCGUUGGCGUCUUCCGGUCUAUAACUGCGAAGGAAAAACUCCAAAAGAUCUUCCAAUCUGUAUCUCAGAAGUCGUUUUUGAGGCAACAAAGCUCGAGGGACACUGCAACAUACGCCCUCCUCGAUGCUUCUAAACAGCAAUCUUUUCUAACAUCCUUGGACCGGUCGAGCUUUAAGACAUCGGAUAAGGUCAUCCUCGUCGCGUACAAGGCGAAGAGGGGAACGUAUGCAGCUGCUUCUCAGGGCAGUGAGGCAACCGAAACCGGCGUCGAGAUGUUUGUGAGUUCGGUUCUUAACGGCGACGCGCAAUUUUCGAAAGCGCGCCAAAAGCCUAAGCUAAGUUGAAUUAACAUCAAUAGUAAAAUGUGUAUAUAUAUAUAAAUGUUUUUGAAAAAUUUCUUUUUAAUAUACAAUUUUCUAUUUUAUUUCUUCUUACAAAAUUUUAUAUUCAAACUAUUAUUUGAAUAUAGAUGCAAUUCAAACACACUUUCUUCACUAGAAGAAUGUGUGUUGAAGAAGUG